AUGCGCUACCAGGACUGGGACAUUCUCCUGUUCCCAACAGACUGCAAGAUCCCAAUCAAAGAGUUUAAGGUGGCUUGCCAUGUCGUCCACGACGCAGAGUUCGCCCAAAGCCAUGGAUCCCUGGGCCUUCCGACGGUCUGCUGCUUCGUCCCCAGCCUCCCUGCCGGAUCAAACUUCCAGGUAUCGAUCCACUCGUGGUCCACGCCCAUCGUAAGCCAAUUUACCAGGGCCUACAGCGAGUUUAGCGAGGCGGUCAAGUUCGAGGCAAGACUGUAUAUUGAUGGGAGACUGGUAGCAUCUACGACGCUGAAUCGAGACUACUGCUCGCCGCAUGUCAUUGCACACACCUGUGAUGUUGCAAAGAGUGGAAAGCUUGAGCCGCUCCGGUUCCCGCUCUUUCAACGAGAGCUGCUCCAGCAAAGCCAUUGGAGCCCAGCCGAUGACCUCGGCCGGAUUAAAGUCGUUCUCAGCGAAGGGUUUCCUCGGGACUCGCUGUCACUCCCCGUCGAGCGGGUCAAGAACAUUGUCAUGUUCUCCUUCCAGCACGCCCCUCUUGACGUGCUGGAAGCAGCGUGCAUCGCGUGGCCCAACGCGUCCCUGUGGCAGCGCGUGCCGUUUACCUCGUCGAUGCCAGUCCCCUCGUAUCCCUCGGGCGAUGCGGAUUCGCAUGCCCAUUCCCCGCGGCGGCGAAGCGUCCUCCCUCGGGGCGGCGUGCCUGCACCCUCACGAAGAGCUACGGUGCCACACGCUCCGACGCGCUUUGGAUUGCAGGGCUCGGCGGUACUUCCAAGCUCUGUGGAGUGCCUGGGAGAGAACUUGGUCGAUCCAUUUACAAACAAAAAUGCCUAUUUUGACUGGCUGAUGGCCAGUGGCCAAGGUGUGCCGCCGUGGGACGACGACGGUGCGCAACAUCGACAUGACGCCCGAAGGAUGAGCACCGACAUCAGCAUGCCCGACUACACGCCGAUGAGCAAUAGAGAAGCUUCAGGACAGUCAGUAAUGCCGGCCGACUUGGGUGUUGCGCGAGAGGAGGAUGGGUCCGCCCAUCUUCGAGUGCCCACGAACACGCCAACAACAUGCGGCACGGGAGCCUUUGAGGCCGAAGCGGUGCCGUUUCCCAUGCUCUCGCACAACUCGGUGAUCCCUGCGGAGCUGGCCAAUUCUCUGACCAACUCAUUGCUGAACCAGCCGAUGCCAAUCCAGUUCCAGCUACAAUGCCAGGCAAACCAAGAGCCUGCAAUGGAGGUCAAGUCGCGCAAAGAGAACCGGGACCAUGGAAGGGCACACUCGGCGUCGGAUAUGUCCAUGGCUUCAGCCCAGGACCACGUCGACAUGCGGCGGGUCUCGCAGCAAAUGUUCAUCCCGUCAGGCGGCGGUAUGCCUGUAUGCACGGUGCCGUCGCAGGCGAACAGUCCGCAGAGCAAGGGGCGCUCUGACACUAGCCGUGUCCCUUGUCAAGGUACAGACGCGAGUGGCUUGAGGGUGCCUCUCGGUGACGCGAUGGUUGGCAGCGCAGCAACGACGACGGGGGAAAAGGGUUUGAAGCGCCUUCGCACCUUCACUCCGACGUCUGCGAGAACUGUUGAGGACGAGGACGAGGCGCGGCGGUGCAGCUCGAGCGCGCGCCUCACUCCAUUUGCUGACAGCAAGGAGAACGUUGGUUGACUACGACGUGUGCCAGACGUGACUCGGGCCGUAGGGUCUUGAACUUUUGAGUUUUGCAUCAGUGACACUUGUAGGAUUACACUGGCAAGUACAUUUUGUAGCAACCCAGAGGUAGCAUGGGUGGCGUCGAAAGACGCAAGUUUGCGUGGAG